CAAAUAGGAUCAUUCUACUAGUAGUGCAUUUGCCAAAAGGCACAGCGUAGAAUCAACCCAGGACAUCGUUGGGACACUGUCUAACAUGAACAUCGUUAUCUUUGGAGAAACAGGAGCAGGCAAAAGCUCCGUCAUAAACCUCAUGGCUGGCCAACAGAUUGCGCACAUAUCGCCCGAUUCUCACCGCUGCACCCUGCAAUGGACGGAGUACCCCAUAACCUUCGAAAAUGGGACUCAAUACCAGGUGUUUGACACUGUUGGCCUUGAGGAGCCCCGUCUACAAACCGGAGAAUACCUCUCCACAAUUACAAACGCAUGUGGCCUCAUCAAUACCUUAAGAGCGCGUGGAGGUGUCAACCUCUUGCUCUUCUGUAUACGUGGAGGUAGAGUCACGGCAACCAUGCAGAGCAACUACAGGUUAUUCUUCGAAUUUCUCUGCGAGGAAAAAGUCCCGCUCGCGCUAGUCGUCACAAACCUCGAGAGGGAGACAGACAUGGAAGAUUGGUACACGCGGAAUGUGGAUCACUUGGAGAAGUAUAACAUUAGGUCCGCAGGACAUGCAUGCAUAACCGCGGCGAAUUCUCUCGACGGGAGGCAUAAAGACAAGUAUAAGGAGUCGCGCGGAAUACUCCGUAGAGUGGUUGAGGCUCAUUGCAACGCACCUAUGGAAGGGUGGACCGGUGGACAAGGAUGGCUUGCUUCGUUCCUUGCCAAGCUUGUGGACUUUGUAACUGGACGUCCCAAGAAGUCGGAUGUCAUUGGGAUCCUCACAAAACGAUGUGGAAUGACCAAGCAGAUAGCUCAUUACCAGUCCCUCGCACGAGUACCAAGCGCACAUAUGGUAAACAUUAUAUCACCCCAGGCUACGACGAUCACUUGAGCUAGCGCAAUACAUUGAUUUGAGCAACGACGGGAAGAUGAAGAACAUUGAAUAACAAGAUCGCCGAAUGAGCAACGACAUAUUCGUAUCUUUCACAACUAGCUCAAUCAGACAAACUCCUCAACACAUCUACUAACUCUUCUUGCACCGUCUCAAUCCUUGUCGCUUGCUUUUGCGCUUCUCCUGAAUUGUGCAUUCUCAACGCCGUCCGCGCUUCCCUUACGAAUGCGUAUGAUUGUAUCGUGGACUCUUCGACCCCUUCAACCUCUCUCGGGGCCUGUGAGGGCGCCGCAUCCUCAGAAAUCAGACCGGAGAGGUCUACGGAAGAAGCGCGCAGAAGAGCAAGGUCUCGUAGGGUGUCAUGAAGAGGAAGAGGUGUGCUUUUUGAUGUCAUGAUCAGAGUCCAAACAACUAAGCACCUCG